GCGGUUGCGUUUAGUGCACUUGCGGCUUCGUACGCACAAUCUUCAGCCCAACCCAAAGUGAGUCGCCAUCAAUGCAGUGCCAAGUGCUCUGCCCCGUUGUAGUUCUCGUCCUGUGGACGUUGCAGCUGGAGGUGAUUGGCAUGGCCAUCACCAACGGUCACUGCCAGAAGAACAUCAGUGUCAAGUACCAGGUGCCGGUGGCCAAGAGACGGAUCGCCAGUCCGCUGAAUGCCAGCCACCAAGCGGACUUGGACAGUUAUGUGGUGUUCGAGGAGCGGGUGCGCUGGGACAGCAUCCAGGUAUGCUGUCCGGGAUACCGCACCAUCCUGUUCGGCUUCUGCGAGCCCGUUUGCCAGGAGGCGUGUCCCGCCCACAGCUACUGUGCGGAACCGGAGCGCUGCCACUGCCAGCGGGGCUACGAGCCGUCGCACCACCACACCACCCACCGCCCCACUGGCCACCAGCUCGUGUGCCGGCCCAUCUGCCAGGGCGGCUGUCCGGAGCACAGCCACUGUGUGGCUCACAACGAGUGCGAGUGCAGGCCGGGAUUCAAGGACGCGAGCAGCUGGUUCAGCUUGAGCCUGCGCUGCGAGCGGGUGCAGUGCGGUCACGAGCAGCGAUUUGAUCCGGGACGACGGGCCUGUGUCCAGAUCGAGAUGAGCAUGGAGGAGCUGAUGCAGCGCGUCGCCGAGCGACUGGCCAAGGGUCUUGGGCCGGAGGCGGAAGCGGAAACGGAAGCCACCUCCGAACCGGAGACAUAGGGCUUAUGAGGGUGGAAACCAUAUAUCACCAUACCCAAUCUAAAUUUUUGAAGUCGACUAAAAUCUAAGCCUACCAUAUUGUUAAUAUAAUCAUUUCAGUUCUGAAAAUACACAUGUUUAUUUUUAGAAACUAAGAACAAAAUUCCCAGUUAGAAAUCUAGUUACAAAUUUAUUGUUGUUCUUCAGACAAUAAAAAACUUCGUUUUGUUCAGUUGGUACAACCAAA